CUCGUCGACAACGACAAGGUCCAAGGAGACCCUCCACUCCUGCUCUUUGCUCGCUGUCGACAGCGUCCGCCAGUCUGUCAUCCACUCAGUCUCUACAAGGGCCGUUGCAGGCAGCCGCCGUUGUCCAUCGCGUGCACUCAAAAAGCAGCGCGCCGUCGACGACGCCCAUAUAGUCGCCGACGUACCAGCCCUCGAUGGCACUCGUUGCCGCCCACGACUGGUCGAAAGAUAUGGACAAUAGGCAGCAGCGACCCCACAGCAACACUGAUCCAGCCAACGCGACAGGUGCCGUCACACAACAAAGCCAGUCGCCCAACGCAUACGCCCAACCACCCUACAGCUACGCCCACCCGCAGCAGCCCUCCCCGCCGUGGCAUAUGGCGGGCAUGAACCAGAUGAACGUCGCCCACGGCCAACCGGGCCCGGGCUACUUCCCACCGAUGCAGUUCUAUCCACAACAUUACCCGCAUCCACAGCAGCAACCACCACCACCACCGCAGAUGCACGCCCAGCAUCCGCACGCCCAGGGUAGUCCUUAUGGACAACCCCCUCAGAUGUUUGAUCCCAAUGCUCAGUUUGCGCAAUGGGCAUAUCAACAGAUGAUGUUCAACGCGCAACAGUCGCACCAGUUGUCCAUGUCUCCGCAACCCCAGUCUCCUCCACAACAACAACAGCACGGGCGCUCAGGCUCUCACUCAGGCUCAAAUGCUGGGACACCCACAACUGAGUAUUAUCAGACCCCUUUCGGGCCCAACCGCUUCCAACAGCAGGCGAGUCCGCCGGCAAGUCAGCAAUCCAGCAACAACGGAUCGUAUCAGGGCUUUCACCCAUAUCGUCGCCCAGAACGCGGGGAAAGGCGACAACACUCUGAAAAUUCUGCGAGCGCGAGCGCAAGCAAUGGCAACAGCGUGCCCUUCCAGCCGCCAUAUGCUCGGUCGGAUGCAACCGGCAGCUCGACGUCUGUCAAUUCCUCGUCAAGCACGUCACAUCGUUCACGGACAAACUCUGGAACAAGUGCAAGCGGAUCAGCGCGUCCUCAGCUCGGUCAGCAAAGUAAUCCAAAGCACACGCCCCGCCAAUCCUCCACGUCGUCAACGACCUCUGCUGCGCGUAGUGGUUCUUCGUCGUCAAGCACGGUAUCGUCAUCAACCUUAUCAACCCCUGGUUCCACGCCUACUGCUCCACGCACUUCCCGCCCGUCACCAUUGUCACAAGGGACUAUUCUGUCUGCAGCUGAGCGACGCAAGUCCCGUGAUGACAGCGAUCUUGCCGCGAUGCUCAACAGCACCAGCCUCGGUGAUCCAUCACCGGCAACUCCAGCGGCCCGGAGUGGACUCAAGGGUCGCCUCCGUCGUGCUCUUUCGUUCAAUGCUGCUCAGACCUUGCGUGAAGAGGAAGAAGAAGCGGCAAAGAUCAACGGCAAAAAGAAAGAAAAAGCUGACAACCUCGACACGGAAGGUGAGGGCGACGGUGCGAGCAUGGCGACGAAGAAGACAAAGAAAAGCUUGCGCAUGUUCAAUUCACGUUUUAAUGCAUCAACGGACAACAUAUCGCUCUCCUCGACUGUAUCAUCUGCAAGUGUUAUGAUCCGAAAAUUGGGUUCGAUGGGGAAACUUGCACGGCGCAAUUCAUUGGCUGGUAUUACUUCACUCUUCAAGGACAAGGAUAAAGACAAGAAUAAAGACGAUGAUGACGAAGUUACGGACCCGAAAGGGAAGAAAUCAAAGGGUAAAAGUCGUAAGGCUGAGGCAAGCGUCUCGCAUGCCACUGUUGAGGUUGAUCGCUCAAGUGAUUGGUCUGGGCCGGGCAUGGAAGGUCUUUCCCCUGCUGCAAAACUUGCCCGUCAGCAUACACUCAAGAGCAAUGCAGAGGCUGCCGCUCGUGCCAAAGCGCAGCAGGAGGCGCAAGCCGCUGCUGCUGCUGCUGCCGCCGCCGCGGGGACUGCAUCGGGAACAAACGGAGAGGUACUUCCGACAACUUGGGAACGCAAUACUGCGACGAAGCACGGUGUCAAUCUCGGUACGGUAAGGGAAGAUGGUAUGCGUGUAGUUGUGGAAGAGGACUCGGAUGAAGAAGAGGGUGAGAUGCGACGACAGUCAGAUGACCUUGGGAGCGGGAGUGAUGAGGAUAGCACAUGGCAUGGACAUGGACAAGAGGAAGACGAGGACGUUACUGUUCGUAUGGGCGGAGCCGGGGUUGCCCAGGAUGAUGAGGGGAGCAAUCUCGGUCAUGCAGAUGAGGAUGAUGAGCUGGAUGAACCAUGGGCUAUGAACUGCAGGCGAAGUAUUGAGAGAACUCGCCAACCUAUGCGAGGUAUUCUCAAAAGUAUGCACACGCAAGGUUACCAGCAGGACGAACAGGCGAUUGGCCCAAAUGCAGCAUUCAUGCAACGGAAUCGCGCCAAUUCGUACGAUUCGGUGCCGUCGCACCAGACGGAGCGCGGACCUCUUGCACAUAUGCCACCGUCCGAUCCCGAUCAUAUUGAUGGUCUGCAUCGGCAUAAUUCUCACCGUUCGACUACUUCUACAGUGAAGGAGUCUGCAACCAACGGGCCACCGUUUCUCCCGCCGUUACAUUUUGAUUCGUCUCAGACCCUAGCGCCGUCAUUAUCUACGUCGUCAUCAUCUUCUGCGGCGGAUGGUGCUAAUAACCGGAAUAGCGUGUUCAACCACGCAAACAAUAGUGAGCCGACAUUGUCAACGAUGGUAGCGGCUCCGCCGACAUUGAGCCAUCGUUCGGCAACCACGCCUGCGAAAAGACUGGCAUUCGCGGCGAACUUGAGUAUUUACGACACAUUCUCUUCGGCAACAUACGAUCGCCGCAGUGAGCCGGCGACAUGGAGCAGGUUGACUCCUGCGUUAGCGCAGAGGAUUAAGGAGGAACUUAAUUCGUACAAGAUGGAAGAAAUGGAAGUUCAUGCUUCAAGUCGAAUACACACACAGUUUUUUGUCUGAUGCUGUGCAUUACUUAGGCUGGAAACAUCCAUCAACAUCUGACAGUUUUCUUCAAUAUCUGUUUGUCUGGUUACAUUGUCCCAUUCACUCAUUUCCUUCCUCUCUUUCCACUGGCCCUCUUGGAGAGCAGGUCUUUUAUUAAAAAUGCGUACUAGCCGACGCUCAUCCGCAAUUGCAUUUACACUGCCCCAGGUUUUGAUCCCUCAUAUCCAUCCAUCCCCAUUCCAGCCCACCCAAUCGAACCAAUCGACUGCUAGCUACGUUGCCAAUUUAUUAUAUUUCUACAUUGUCGUUGCCUUGGCUUGCCUCCCACCAUUCUCUCCCCUCUCUCUAGCCCCUCUUUAUCUCAAGUUCUACGCUUGCGCCUACGCACGUACAACCGGAAUUGUUUCUUUAUCCCUUCAACUGUUGGCUGCUGCUUUUAACGUAUACCCUAGUUUCUUUUUUAGCGUUUUAUUGUUUUUACUUUCCUUUUCUACGUUCUUUUCCGUCUUUGCCUUGAAACGCUUUUUUGUAAACGCUUAAUCAAAAUAAGUUUCCUCUCUCACACGCACUCCUUUCCUUCAGCCAAGAACUAGAGCUUGUGAGGAUUGCAGAAGUGACAAGCUGUGGUGGUGGGGAGAAGACCCAUACACAAAAAAAUACCACAAUUUGCGUAUUUAAUUGUUUUUCCUUUUUCGACAUUUUGUUAAAUUUCCUUUUUGAGCUUCUAUUUGUUUUUAUUUUGGAGUUUGACCUGUUAUUCGCUCGUUCACAUUUUUACACCUGCUUUUUUUUCUGGCAUCUUGUUUUCUAUUCCGUUUUCUCUGCCUUCUUUUGUUGUCAUUAUAUAGUGGACAGUUCCAUUCCAUUUUUUCACAUUCAUUACAUCUUCACGCUCGUUUCAUUUCAUCUUCCUCGUCUUCCCUUUUCUCAUGUUCAUGAUAUCACGACAUUCCGGAUUUUCGAUUUCCCUUUGAAAAACUCAUGUGUUUUGUAUGCCAGUGUCAUUCACUUGGACAGCCAUCCAUUCAUUUUAUUUUAUUUGGACAAUCAGUCAGCCAAUCGUACCAAUCAC